GAGGAACUGCAGGACAGGUAGAGCAGGUGACGAGGUGUCAGGUUUCACUGGCGACUGCUCGUUUCUCAUCGACCUCAUGCGGAAAAACACGAUACUAAUUGUAAACACGACGAAUUUGAGAUACUCGGCAAAGUUCUAACGUAAAGGCAUGGCACCCAAGUAUGAUGGGUUGUCCCACUGUAAGCUGGCCCUGGUGUUUGCUGUGCUGAUGGACCUGUUGGGGGUGAUAUCCCUGCUGCUGGGGGUCUUUGCCCCACUGGAGAUCCAUGGGCAAGACUUUGGGGAUCUGCUGGUGUACUCGGGAGCACUGCUGGUGCUACUGUCCCUGGCAGGCUGGGUCAUGUGGUACAGUGGCAACAUUGAGGGUCUGACCUCCAAAAAGGAGUUGGGAGGAACCGUGGGUGGAGCAGUGGACCGCCUCGCCCGCUCCCUGAGUCGCAGGAUACGGCUGCCAAGGACUCGCAGCAGCCCAACAUAAAAAGCUGCUGUUACAUGACAGGCUGUAUCAAACCAGGCAGCAACCCAGACUGCCUGAGGCUAAGGAGCGUUCCUGCUGUUACUCAUCUCGUGAAAUUGACAAACACCUCAUUGUGCUUUUGUAUAGAAAAUGUCUCUUUGCUUAAUAAAUUGUUUGUGGACCAGACUGAUAUUAAUACUA